AUGUCGAUCGCAUCGCGUGGGACGACGACGACGACGCGCGCGCGCGUGGGACGACGGACGACGAGGACGACGACGAGGACGGCGAGAGGCGGUCGAGCGCGAGCGCGGGCGAGCGCGGACGCGGUGUCGCGGGAGUACGUCGUCGACGCGACGGGGGUCAUGGUGCCCACGGGGGAGUACUGCGUGAACCACGCGGAGACGGUGCGGCGGAAGACGCGGACGGUACACGUCGGGAACGUGAAGAUUGGGAGCGAACACGCGAUCGUGAAGCAGACGAUGACGACGUCGGAUACGCGAGACGUGGAGAAGACGGUGGCGGAGGUGAUUCGAUGCGCCGACGCGGGGGCGGAUAUGGUGCGAAUUACGGUGCAGGGGAUGCAGGAGGCGAAAGCGUGCAAGGCGAUCAAGGAGACGCUUCUGGCGCGCGGAUAUACCACGCCGCUCAUCGCCGAUAUCCACUUCGCGCCCAAAGUCGCGAUGAUGGUGGCCGAGUGCUUCGAUAAGAUUCGCGUCAAUCCGGGUAACUUUGCCGACGGACGCAAGACGUUUGAAAAUAUCCUGUACGAGACGGACGAGGAGUACAACGCUGAACUCGCGGAGAUCGAGGAGGUGUUCACGCCCCUCGUGUUGAAGUGCAAGGAGCGCGGCGUCGCCAUGCGCAUCGGUACCAACCACGGUUCUCUCUCCGCGCGGACGCUCUCUCGCUACGGUGAUACCCCGAUGGGUAUGGUCGAGUCCGCUUUCGAGUUCGCGCGCAUCUGCCGCAAGCACGACUACCACAACUUUGUCUUCUCCAUGAAGGCGUCUAACCCUCUCGUCAUGGUUCAAGCGUACCGCUUGCUCUCCCACGAGAUGUACAAGCUCGGCUGGGAUUACCCGCUUCACCUCGGCGUCACCGAGGCUGGGGAAGGCGAAGACGGCCGCAUGAAGUCCUCCAUCGGCAUCGGUGCUCUCUUGCUCGACGGCCUGGGAGAUACGAUUCGCGUAUCCCUCACCGAGGCGUCUGAACUCGAAAUCGAGCCGUGCACCCGCCUGGCCAACCUCGGCAUGAAGGCGUGCGCCGAUAACAUCGGUGUUGAACAAUUCGAGGAAACUCACCGCGACUUCAAGGUUUUCACUCGCCGAUCCGGUGACUUGCCGGAGCAAAAGGAUUCCGACGCGAUUGACUUGCGCAACAUUCUGCACCGCGACGGCUCUGUGCUCGCCGCCGUCACGACGCAGCAACUCGCCUCCGAGGACGGUUUCUACCGCGAGUUGGGCGCCAAGCUCGCCGUUGGUAUGCCACUCCGCGAUAUUGCGACGUGCGACUCCAUCUUACUCAGCGAAGUCCCCCCGGCUUCGGAAGAAAAGGCUCUCAGAUCCAUCCGCCGCCUCCAAGAAAUUGGCUGUGGCGUCAUCGUCCCGGUUGAAGAGCUCAAGAAGAACCCGCUGGAGAACGCGAUCGCGCUCGUCUCCGCCGAUCAAAUCAAUGACCCCCUUCCGGCUGGUGCCGCGCGCAAGGCCGUUACGUUGAACGGCUUCGAGUCCGCCGAGCAAAUCAAGGCUGUGUGCGCCUCCGACGCCGUCAUGGCGCUCAUCAAGACUAAGGAUGGCGAAUCACGCCUCCACUCAUCUCGACGCCUCUUCGAAGAGAUUGCCAACUGUGGCGGUAAAUUGCCCGUCAUUCACCACAUGUUCAUGCCGUCCGGCGAUAGGUCCGACGUCGUCAUCCAGAGCGGCGCCCAAAUUGGUGGCUUGCUCUGCGACGGCCUCGGUGACGGCGUUCUCAUUCAGUACACCGGCGCCGCGAAGGACAUUUCGUUAGACUUCCUCCGUACGACCUCAUUCGGUCUUCUCCAAGGUUCGCGCAUGCGUAAUACGAAGACGGAGUACGUCUCGUGCCCGUCCUGCGGCCGCACGCUCUUCGAUUUGCAAGAAGUCACGGCGCAAAUCCAGGAGAAGACGGGUCACUUGCCCGGCGUCGCCAUCGCCGUCAUGGGUUGCAUCGUUAACGGCCCGGGUGAAAUGGCGGAUGCGGAUUUCGGUUAUGUUGGCGGUGCUCCUGGCAAGAUCGACUUGUACGUCGGUAAGGAAGUUGUCAGGCGCGGUAUCGCUUCGGAAGUGGCGUGCGAUGAACUCAUCGAGCUCAUCAAGGAACACGGUCGCUGGAAGGACAAGGAGGUCGAGGAAGUCGCGGCGUAA